CCAGUCAAUCCCAGAUGGAUGCGUGAAAUAAUAAUAAUAAUUAUAAGAAGAAGAACAUCGAAUUGGCUGCUUGUAAAUGCUACUUUGAGAGUAAUUAUGAUUGGAUGUUCAGUAAGAAGUCAUUUUUUGUUGGCAAUUACAAAUAAUUUUUUUCCAAGUAUUAUAGAUCUGCUCAAUGCAGACAUGAACAGAGUGAUGCCGUUGCGAUCCAUGGACUUACAGAAAUCUGAUAAAUUUGUGCUGGGUCUGAGGAGCUCAUUGUCCUUUUGAUUAGAGAAAUAACUUACUGUUUUCCAUAUAUUAUCAUGAAUGACCUCAUUGUAUUUGAUUUACAUUUGUCCCAUUUGAUCAUGCUACGUAUGGCUGCAACACAUUGGCUUAAAAUAUCUUAAUUUCCAGCUGCUUCAAACAAUCUAGUACUCGUUUGUUUUUGCGCGGUGGCUGUUGUUAAAAAGAAUUGAUUUUUUAUUAGUAUUUUUAAAUUAAUAAUUAAUGAAAGAAAAAUAAUAUAGCUCAAGGUGGGUCUCUCAAUGAAUCAUUAAGGAAAAAAAUAAAUUAACCUGCUCCAAAUUGCAGUAUACUGAGAAUUAAUCUUAGCUGCAAGGGACAUCAAAAAGGGAGGCGAUGCAUGUCAAAAGAGUAGCUAGCUUGCCGUCUCAACAAUAAGGAAACAUUUUGUGAGGCGGGCUGGGCUGGUAGAGAUACAAAGAGUCUAAUUUUUUUGUUUUUCUAAUAUUUAUUUUUAACAGCUUACGGGAUGAUCCACUUGGAAAAAAGAAAAGAAAUGAAAAAACUUGCUAGAUAAAAGAUAAGCAGAGAUUGUUCCCUGUAAAUUUAAUAGACUUAAGCCCGGUGCGCAAAUAGAAAUCAGCAGGGGCUUGAUCUGGGCUUAGUCCCAAGCAAAGAACGUAUAGUCGGACCAGCAUUUUUUGUAGUUCAAGCAAGACACAUGAUCCUUGCUGUUUAUGGUUUGUUUUAAAUUCUUCUAUUAGCAAGGCCCAGCUAGUUGUUUGAAGGGAAGCAUUAAAAUUAAAAUUAAAAAAAAAAAAAACUAACUGACAUCAACGUUUCACCGUGCCAUGUGACAGAGAAUAUCUUGGAUCCGCACAAUAUUUCUUCUUCUUUUUUAAUUUUUUUUCCACUUUGAUCCUUUAAUUUGUUUUUUCUUUUUAAUCAGAUAGUUUACCUUUUUAUGGGAUUAGACAUAAAGAUCCUUUAACUUUAAAACCCGUCUUCUUAUCUAAUUCAUGUUUAAAAUUAAAUAAUAUAGAAAUUAUUUUAAAUAAAUAAAAAAAUCACCUCCUUCUCUGUUUAUUUUAACAGCACCCCCAAUCAAGGUAAUAGUAAUUGCAAUGUGCAAUGAUUUUCUACUUCUAUUACUAUCAAGCUACAGCACUCGAAUUUAUUUAUUUCAAUGGGGAACAUCGGGGGCAAUCAAUUUCUCUUAGAUUAAUUCUACCUACUUUAUUUUUUAUCCACGCUACCAAAUAAGAAUAAUAUAUUCAGAAUUAAUAUCAAUUAAUCAUCACCAUCAUCAAAUCAAACAGAUAAGAUAUGUUGGGCAACUUGGGUUGCCUGAGAGUGAAUUGAACAUGUUAUCCAUGAUUUGCAAUACGGGUAGCAAUUAAUGAAUUAAUCUAAACAUGAUAAAAGAAAGAAUUAUUGCACUAGAUGUUCCACACUGAAAUAAAUAAAUAAAUAAAUUCGAGUGCUGUCGCUGCUAUGAUUGCACAUACAAUCAUUUUUUGUAGUGUACCUGAGGCCGAGAGCCCCACCCUUGCCUUUCUUCCUACAAAAUAAACAAUGGGAGGGAGGAGCCGAGCAAUUCCUGAAUCUCGUGUUUACUUAUUUAUACACGGCUGGAUCACCGAGCGAUCACCUCCGUCCCUCAACAGCACCGCCUUCUCUCUCACACGCACAGAUUUGACAAUGCAGAUUCUUUUUCUUCUGCUUGUGUCGCUGCUACUCGCCUGCAUCUUGAAAUUUAUACACUCGGUGAUGUGGGUUCCAUGGCGAAUCCAGGUCCAUUUCAGAAGGCAAGGCAUAAAUGGCCCUAGCUACCGUCUACUCUUAGGGAACGCGCCUGAGUUUGGUCGUCUAUUUAGCGAAGCACGGUCAAAGCCAAUGCCUUUUAACCACGAUGUGGUGCCUCGAGUGGCCCCAUUUUACCAUGAGUGGUCGCGCAAGUACGGGAAGACGUUCCUCUAUUGGUUCGGAACCAAGCCCACGUUGGCUAUAUCAGACCCUGAUAUGAUUAAAGAGGUUCUCAUGAACACGGGUGAUGGGUCGUUUGAGAAAGCACGAAAUAACCCCCUGGCAAAGCUGCUCUUUGGACAGGGACUUAUUGGGCUCAACGGUGAUGAGUGGGCUCAUCAUAGGAGGAUCGCAAAUCAGGCUUUCAUGAUCGAGCGAGUUAAGUGCUGGGUACCAGGAAUUGUUGCAAGCACAGAGAAUAUGCUAACCAAAUGGGAGGAAAUAAGAGGAGGCAGAGAUGAAUUUGAGAUGGAUGUGAUGGAUGAUCUUCAGGACCUGUCAGCAGACGUUAUAUCCAAGACGGCUUUUGGGAGCAACUAUGAAGAAGGGCGGCGUGUGUUUGGGUUGCAGGAACAACAAAAGUACCUUGCCUUCCAGGCUUUAGGAAAUGCGUAUAUUCCAGGGUUCAGGUUUUUGCCCACCAAGAAGAACAGAGAGAGGUGGAGAAUAGAGAAGGAAACUCGUGAAGCAAUAAAGAACCUGAUCAAGACCAAUAACAGAGUUAAAGAAAAUUCAAAAAAUCUACUUUGUUUACUUACGUCUUCGUAUAAAAACGGAGAUGGCAGGGAAGAGACAUUAGGGGUUGAGGAUGUUGUAAAUGAAUGCAAAACAUUCUACUUCGCAGGAAAGGAAACGACUGCCGAUCUUGUGACUUGGGCACUUCUCCUUUUAGCAUUGCAUCAAGAAUGGCAAGAUAAGGCACGGGAAGAAGUGUUCAGUGUCUAUGGAAGGAAGGAGCUUCCAGUUGCAGAGAAGUUAAAUGACCUCAAGAUUGUGAAUUUGAUACUCAAUGAAACGCUGCGGCUUUACCCUCCAGUUCUGAUGUUGAUGCGGCAAACAUCUAAGAAGGUUAGGUUGGGAGCAAUCGACAUUCCUGCUGAUACACAGCUUUAUUUGCCUUUGCCUGCUGUCCAGCAUGAGACUGAAAUAUGGGGAGAAGAUGCUAAUGAGUUCAACCCCUUGAGAUUCAACAAGUCUCGAAAGCACUUGGCUUCAUUUUUCCCGUUUGCGCUAGGCCCUAGAAUUUGUGUUGGUCAAAGUUUGGCGAUUAUGGAGGCAAAAAUUGCCCUAACCAUGAUAAUAAGGCAGUACUCUUUGGCCGUGUCACCCACUUAUAUUCACGCUCCAAACCUCUUUAUAAGCAUGCAGCCUCAAUACGGUGCGCAGAUCCUCUUUCGCAAGAUUUCAAACUGAAAAUUCGCGAGGCACGAGGCUCAUUGUUGUUGGUGCAUAAGCAAUUUUAAUAUUUAGUACUGCUGCUUCUCUUCUUGUAAAUCUGGAACUGAAAAGAUUUAUCUAUGUUUGGUAUGUUUCCGCUGAUAGCACCACAGGACCAAAGGAUGGUUGCAGGUGGAAAAUGUUUUGUGCGGUAUGCUUGUUUUAUUUGCCGGAAAUGAAAUUGCGUUUUAUCA